AUUUAUAGCGUGUGUAUGCGAGAAGCUGCCACCAGGAUUUGCUCCCCCAACGAUGAGGAUCAUUUCAUUGCCAUCAUUUCCAGACCAGUAAGUGCAGGUGUGUCCCACGCUCACGCCGGGUGGUUUCCCACUCGGUACCAAGGAAUACCUAAAAGGGCAACAAGGUUGCAAACAAGGGUUUCCCUGCGUAAACCAUCUGGAAGCUUCUCCAAAGCGCCGUCCUUCUUGCUGACCACUCAUGGUCAGCUAAAGCUGUCAAUCAUCCAAGAACAGGAAGUUCUUGCUGUAAGUGUUUUGGAAGCACGGGGUAUGUUGCAUGGGCACCAGGGGUCAUGUGACUCCUAUGUAAAGGUGGGCAUGUUACCAGACAGCAACCACAGAGAGCGGCAGAAGACGGCAAUAGUCCGUCAGUGUAAAAAUCCUGUCUUCCUACACACCUUUUACUUUGUGGUAUGUGACAAGGACCUUCACAAGCGACUGCUCUUCACAGUGUGGAACUCUUACUGCGCCUCCAGGACGAGUGUGCUGCUGGGGUGCAUGAGCUUCGGCGUGCGCUCCCUCAUGCAAACUCACAAGGAGGUCCGUGGAUGGUACUACCUGCUUGGGGAGGAAGUGGGCGUGAGGAAACAUCUUAAAGUGCCUGCAGAAGAAAACUCGCAUGACACCGAGGCCGUGCUGUCGAACCAUGGUGCUGCCCCUGAGACACAGCAACCUGAGAAUAUGCAAUGCUUAACGGUGACCAUCCUUCGAGGAAAGGAUGGAUACGGAUUCACCAUCUGCUCUGAUUCGCCUGUGAGGGUGCAGGCUGUUGAUCCAGGAGGCCCUGCGGACCAGGCGGGUCUACAGCACCUGGAUACGCUUUUGCAGCUCAAUGGUCAGCCCGUGGAGCAGUGGAAAUGUGCGGACUUGGCUCAUGCCAUUAGAAACAGUGCAAAUGAGAUCACAGUUGUGGUGUGGCGCAGCGGGCCCUCAGCCAAGCCCAACUUUGAGGGUCUCAUCCACCGACCCUCUUACAAGCAGCCCAUUCCCAACUACGACACGCCUUCGCCACCCGCCCGCCGGCGCACCCCGGACUUGGGCACCGGUCGAAACCCGCCGGCUAUCCCUCCGCUCCCGGCGCACCACCGCACCACGGCCUCCCGGAGGCUUCUAGUCAACGGCUCGGACGGCGUCGCAGGCGGCAGCGUGGGCGUGGGCACCCUGAGGUGGGGCGCCCAGGGCGGCUCGGCUGAGGAGCUGGACGGCAGGCCGCGGCACCUCCAGCAUCCUCACACCGCCACGCUGAAGGGAACCAGGGUGAAGGCAUCCAACGGCGACAGCUACAUCAUCCUGGCCCCCUUCAACCCCGGAAGCCAGAUCUUGAGGCCAGUUUAUCAGGAGGAUCAAGGAACGUUAGCCAGCAGGUUGUACAGCACGCGGCAAACCUCUGGGGCCUCAAACCCGGCCGCUGGUUCCGCUGGUGGCGUUGGAACCUUGUCAUCCGGUCCAAGCGGAGGCGGUCCUUUCUCCAGUCGCUCUGGCUUCCUGCGUCGCUCCAACAAUAGCAAGACAUCAAAAAACACCUCCACCGGUACCGGCGUGCCCAACUACCCUCAGCAGAGUGCCAACUUUGCCAACUACCAAAACUGCACCAUUGUCCGCUCUCACGUCCCUCAUGGUAACUACGGAUAUGUCUCUUCGGCGCCCAAAAUCCUCAUUUUCCCCAUAUUUGUUCAGCCUCUGGACCUGUGCAGUCGAGCUCUCAUCGUAACAGAGGAGAUGAUUUUACAUGAGAGCAAGCAUCACUCGCUCAAGGUUACCGUGUUUGUCUACACAGACUUGAUGUUGGUCACGAGAGAAGACGAGCCUGGCAAGUGUAACGUCCUCCAGAGCCCUUUGUACCUUCGACACCUGCGACUACAGGAUGAUUAUGCCGAAGAACUCCGAUUCUACCUUAUUCACAUGACCGAGAAGUGCGACUGCCUGCUCAGCCUGGAAGCGUACUCGUCCGAGCAGAAGCAUCGCGUGUGCCAGUGCCUCAAGGACAACAUCGACAAGCAGCUCCAGCUUCAGAGGAGGGAGCCCGCCGUUCAACAUUUUGACCAGAUGUUGGAACCAAAGGUGGACGCGCCCUCUUGUGAGCUGGGCGGAGUCGGGGUGGAUCGAGGGGGCGUGUGCCUCCACCUGCCGCCCCGCAGUUCUGAGGGGGAGGAGAGCAGCCUGUAUCCGUCCAGCCCCUCCGAACCCUUGACGCUGAGCAGUUCUCACCCCUCGGAGCUCCUCAGCCCUCUGAAUGAGGUCUACCUGCCCCUCGGUAGCCUAGGCGGGUCAGAGGAACGCCACAGAGUGCCGCCCACUCCUCCGCCUUCAACCGAGGGCGAGGACUGGAAGAGCAUGGAUGGACACGAAAUGGAGAUCUGGAGAGAGGCCAAUGAGAGAGAGGGAGAGUAUGAGGAAGAGGAGGGUGCGAGCAGGAAGAGCGAGUUGGAAGAGCUGGUAGAACAAGAAGAAGAAGUUCACCUCCACCUGCUGGUGUCCAACGAGGACAACGUGUACGAGCUGCCCGACACAAACGCCCCUCCUUCGUCCUCCUCAUCUUCAUUCGUCAUCCCUGAGCUGCGCCUAGACCGCUCCUUCAGCGCCGAUGCCCUCUCCUCGCCCAACACCGAUGAAGAAGAAUACGAUGAGGAAGAGGAGGAGGAAGAUGAAGACGAUGAUGAUGACGAUGACUCAGAGGAGGACGACAGCGACGACGCCUACUUGCAGCGCAGCGACAGCAAGCGGCGCUCCAUGGUAGAGGGCGCCACCUGCGAGAAGCACGGCGGCGGGGGCCUCAGCGUGCAGAACUCGCUGCGCCGGCGGACCCACAGUGAGGGCAGCCUGCUGCAGGACCCCCGCACACCCUGCUUCACCUCCGACAACGCCAUCAACUGCCUGGAGACGGGCGGCGGGCACCACAAAGGCGGAUGGACACUGCCAUCACCCAAGACUCUGAAGAAAGAGCUGACCAAGAACGGAGGCUCCAUGCAUCAGCUGUGCAUGCUCUUCUCAGGAAGGAAGCUCAGCACCGGAUCCUCCUGCAGCUGCGAGGUCGGCCCCGACGGCACCAAGAAGAAAAAGUCCAAGAACCUGGCCAAAGACAUGAAGAACCGCUUGGCUUUCCUGCGGCGGAGGAACGAAUCUCCGGGAAGCAACCCAGCCGGAAAGUUGGACAAAACCAUGAAGUCAGUCAAGCCCACCCCGGAGGAUGCACUCAAGUGGGGGGACUCGCUUGACAAGCUGCUGGCGCACAAAUAUGGUCUGGCAGCUUUCAGAGCGUUCUUACGUACUGAGUUCAGCGAGGAAAAUCUGGAAUUUUGGCUGGCGUGCGAGGAGUACAAGAAGAUUAAGUCGCAGUCCAAGAUGGCUUCCAAAGCAAAGAAGAUCUUUGCAGAAUACAUCGCUAUCCAGUCUUGUAAAGAGGUGAACUUGGACUCGUACACGCGGGAUCACACGAAGGACAACUUGCAAAAUGUGACACGCUCCUGCUUUGAGCUGGCGCAAAGGCGGAUAUACGGGCUGAUGGAGAAAGACUCAUACCCCCGUUUCCUGCGUUCAGAACUCUACUUGGACUUGAUCAACCAAAAAAAGGCCAGCUCCACUUCGACGUCCUCUUCGUCAUAAGAGGAAAACGAUUCUCCCCAGAGGAGAGCGUGAUUGGGAUGCCAAGUUUCUUCUGUCAUGCCUUUUUUUUUUUACGUUUUGUCUAUCAUCCUGUUUGCUAUAAUGUCUUGUUUGUUUUGGGGUGGUUGCAGGAAUGCUAACGGCACUGCAAAAGAAUGUAGUUUACUCAUCAAAUGGAUGGACUGUUUGCUAAAAACAUGGAAAAAAAAAACUAAUUGAGGGCAGAAGCUCAGUGCUUGUCAGAUCACUGUCUUUUUAAGAAAGAAGAAUUUAGGGCGGAGUUUUUGAAAAACAACAACAACCUGCAGACACGAAGACAGUCCGGUACUGUUUGUCACUUUUUAUUUCUUGUAUUGUAGUCUUUUUGUUUCUUCAACAACGUCCAUGGUGAAACCACUUGCGAACUGUUGGUACGACAAAAUCGCCCCUUCUUCGUUUCCGCAACGUCUUGAAGAGAAUUGAAGCUCUGUUUUUGGAUCAUCUACGACCCGUCUCAAUGACUGUGAGAAAUAUGGACAAAGAAUGCACAUGGGUGGACUUAUUUAAGACUUGAAAAGUCGUAUUGACAGCAAGAACAAAAGGACCGAGAGGAGAAGCUCAAUGCCAUUUCCCUUCAAACACAUAAUCGUAGCUGAUAAACAAAGAAGCAUCUCUCAGGACAUGGUUUCAAUUUCUCUGACUGAUGUUUUUGUUUCCAGGCUUUUCAACUUGCACUCCUCCCAUACUUAUACUGAGCAAUACACAACAAAAUAACUUGGAAAAAUUUCACUUUGCCUAUUUAUUUAGAGUCAAAAGGUAGCCGGCUGGACACCUACAAAAGCACUCGGCUCAAAGCUUUCCUCUUAUCCACCAAACAGGUCCAAUGCUGUCCUGAAUUUAAGUGCAAUAAUUUUAUUUUUCAUGUUUUAUUAUUAUUAUUAUUGUUAUUAUUAUUAUUGUUGUUAUUAUUAUGAGUUUGUUCUUUUACUUUGGUGGGGGGGACAAGUGGCUUUAGCUCUCGAUUAACCUUAUAUGUUAGGAGAGGAAAAUUAGAGCGCUAAGUUUUACUUAACAGUGAAAACUCUCUACAAACCUAUAAGUUGUUUCAUGAAUUUAAAGCAAGUUAUGAUUUUAACUGUGUGUUUGCCCCCCGGCAGCGGGCCGCCGGGAACUUUAUGGUUGUACAUAUAAUUCUUGAAAAAAAACGAUGUGAUAAAAGAAGCAAAAAAAUGACAUAGACAGGAGGUUGCCACUGGCUGUGAAGGUGGGAUUCAGCUGUAUUUAUGUAAAUAAAUAUAAGAGACUCAAACUAUAAGAUGACAUUUAAUGUUGACGAAUAACAAAAUAGAUGACGAGCAAGAACGGGGCACAAUGGCAGCCCUUUUUUCCACUCUCUCUCUCUAUUCCAGUCGAAUAACGAAUAACACUGCUUGUAAGAAGUUUUCUGAAUGCAUUCGAUCAUUUUCACACUUUACAAGUCAAAAUGCAUCUUCUGUGGUAUCAAGUGAAAACAGUAGAUUGCAUCUGGUGUCAAUGCUAAUGAUAAAAUAAAACGAUCAGCUGAACAAGUCAA